AUGAGGAAUCUGAGAAAGUAUAAACUGGAAAAGGCAUUUCGUGCCGCCCUGAAUUAUUGUAGAUCCUUCAAUGCUUUCUCUUUUCCCAUGGGAUCAAAAUCAGGUUGGGAGGUGGAUAAUUUGGGGCAAACCCACGCAGGUGAUUAUGACCUGCUGGAAAGCACAGCCCAGUCUCCCCUAGGGGACAUCAGCAGGAACUGCACAGAGGACGGCUGGUCGGAACCUUUCCCUCAUUAUUACGAUGCCUGCGGCUUUGAUGAAAACGAGACAGAGUCCGAUAACCAGGAUUACUACUACCUGUCUGUGAAGGCUCUGUACACGGUGGGAUACAGCACUUCCCUGGUGUCCCUCACCACUGCCAUGGUCAUCCUGUGCCGCUUCAGGAAGCUUCACUGCACUCGGAAUUUCAUCCACAUGAACCUCUUUGUUUCCUUCAUCCUCCGCGCAAUCUCCGUGUUCAUCAAGGAUGGGGUUCUUUAUGCUGAGCAGGAUGGCAACCACUGCUUCAUCUCAACUGUAAUGCAAAUCAGUGCUAACCAGGGAAAAUGUGAGAGCCAUGUUCCCUCCCUCCAGCUGAGGUGGAUGUUUGUAGAGCUCUCAAUCAACGCAGUGAAUUGCAGGGUUGGGAAGCAAAACCUCAUGGAGAGGUUGCCUGAAGUGCAGGUAUUGGAUGUGUCUGGAACUUCUCAUGGUGUCACCUUCUUGUCCCCUGCAGGUACCCCAACCAUCUGUGUCACUGUCUGGGCAGUGCUGAGGCUUCACUUUGAUGACACUGGCUGCUGGGACAUGAAUGACAACACUGCCCUGUGGUGGGUGAUCAAGGGUCCUGUGGUUGGAUCCAUCAUGAUAAACUUUGUGCUUUUUAUUGGCAUAAUUGUGAUACUUGUGCAGAAACUCCAGUCACCUGAUAUCGGGGGCAACGAAUCCAGCAUUUACUUCACCCUCCCUCUUCCUCCCAGAUGCAGCUGCAGCCCGUGCCCGGGACACGUGCGCAGCUGCGUUCAGAAAUGCUACUGUAAGCCUAAGAGGGCUAACCAGCACUCUUGCAAGAUGUCAGAACUAUCAACCAUUACCCUGAGGCUGGCUCGCUCCACGCUGCUGCUCAUCCCCCUGUUCGGAAUUCACUACACAGUCUUCGCUUUUUCCCCUGAAAACGUCAGCAAGAGGGAGAGGCUGGUGUUUGAACUGGGACUGGGAUCCUUCCAGGGUUUUGUUGUUGCUGUUCUCUACUGUUUCUUGAAUGGGGAGGUGCAAUCAGAAAUAAAGAGAAAAUGGAGGAGCUGGAAAGUCAACCGGUAUUUUGCUGUGGAUUUCAAACAUCGCCAUCCUUCUCUAGCGAGCAGCGGAGUGAACGGGGGGACACAACUGUCCAUUCUGAGCAAGAGCAGCUCUCAGAUUCGGAUGUCCAGCAUAAAUCACACACCCGAACGAGCCAGCAGCAUCCUCAGCUCCAGGAGAGGGCAGUGGCUCCUCACAGAUCACGCAGCACUUCUAAGCCCGCCUUGGGACAACCUUUUGCUGCGUUCCUUGCGGAGAAAAACAUCCCUGAAGCAUUCCCGACUGCCACACGCUCCAUCAUCCCCUCAGCGUGUCACCACGGAGGGAUCAGCAGCCUUUUCACAGCCCGAACAAAAUCGUUAUCCGUGA